CAUCUCGCCGCGUGCCGCCAGAGUUGUUUUUGCUUGGAGUCAAGGUUUUUGUUCUGGUUUGUUUACAUAUACGAUUUUACGAUCGUCUCUGCCGUUUGAUUUUGAUUUAACAAACUCUUCCAUCUUCGGCUAAUACACUCAUCCUCAGCUACCUGUUCUUCACCAGUAUGUCGCAGCGUAUGUCUUCUCAAGGGCCUGCACGCUCGCAGGCUCCACCCAUCUCGUCCAAAGAACUGACAGACCUUGCCAGAAGAGCUGUAAGAUAUCUUUUAAUGAACGAUUUGGACAAGGUUCCAAUCAAACAUAAUGACAUAUUGAAAAAUGUCACCAAAAAUUGUACGAAGAACACUUCACAGGUUAUGCAGCUUGCUGCUAAAAUGCUCCGUGAGACAUAUGGCAUUGAAUUAGUUGAUGACGGCAACAAGCCGAACAAGCAUUAUCUCUUGGUCAAUUGUUUAAAGCAUCAGGACCAUAUAAGCCACUCGAUUGCCACUGAAAAAGAACUGGCCUUACUUGCCAUAAUUCUUAGCCUAAUAUUCAUGCAAACCAACGGAAGAUGGAAGGAGGCUGGUGUUGAGCAAGGGAAAUUGUAUGCAUUUUUGAAGUUACUGGAUAUUGAUCCCUUAGACCAUCAUGAAUAUUUUGGUGAUGUAAAGAAACUUUUGGAGUCUUUAAGAUCUCAAAGAUACAUACAAGAAAUCAAAAUUGAAAAUACAGAUCCGGUGAAAUAUGAGUGUCGUUGGGGAUUGCGAGCUUGUGAAGAACUAUCACCUAGGAGUGCAUUGGAGUUCGCAAGUGAGAUGUAUGGCCGAGAUCGAAUCGAAACCUGGGCAACUCAGUACAAAGCUGUUUGUACCCAUGAAAACGGAGGUAAUGUUGCACAUAGAAGCAACUAAGACUUUUUUUUAAAUUUGGCUGUGUCUUCUGGGAAUUCUUGUUGAGUUUUUUCUUAUCAAUAUCAAUGAAAAGUUUUAAUGAAUGAAUUUUAAUAUGGAAAUCAAUGAAAUAUUUUGUUUAGUGUCAGAAUAUAUAGAAAUUUUUAAGGCUUUGUUUCUUACUUUUA